AUGGCUGAGAACGCUGCCUUAGCUGAUGUUAUUCGUUUGUUGGCUGAAAAUUUGAACCAAAAUCGAGGAGACCAAGUCAAACCCCAAGCUGAGAUGUUUAAGAAGCUGGCCCAGGCUAGGCCACCAGUUUUUAGGGGAGGUGAUGACCCUACUUUCCUAGAAAACAGGAUUCGAGAGUUUGACAAGCUGUUCGUGGCACUCAACUCUCUUGAGGGUAUGAAAGUGGACCAGGCCGCUAUGUACCUUAGGGACGAAGCUGAUAUCUGGUGGAGAGACAAUGUUGUGACCGUUAGGGCCAAACCUAACUUUGGGUGGGAAGUGUUUAAGACCUCCUUGAGGGACAAGUUUUACCCUCCAUUCCUGAAGAAACAGAAGGCUCAGGAGUUUAUAAGCCUGGUAAUGGGAGAUAUGUCAAUCUCUGAGUAUUAUAAUAAGUUUAUGACCCUUUCUAGGUUUGAUCCGAUACUGAGGGGUAACCAAAAUGUUAGCAAUUCUUAUAAUGCUAACAAUGGAGAGAGAACCUACCACUGUAAGAGGUGUAGGAGGAACCACCCCAGGAGAGACUGUGAUGGGAAUUUGGUGACUUGUCGGUUCUAUAACAAAAGGGGGCACAGGGAGUAUGAGUGUUACACCAAGCAGAAACAACAGGGAAAUAGUGGGAAUGGUGAGAACACCCAGCAGAGGCUUAACAACUUCAACAACCAGGGAAUAAGGGAAAUGGUCAAAAUGGGAAGUUUGGGAAUGGUAGCAACAACAACAAUAGGUCUGGAAAUGACAACAACAACAACUCAGGCAACAACAACAAUGGUUACUAGGCAAGAAACAACACUCCCGGGUGCUUGUCUGUGA